CACAUGACCAAGGUCAAAGGUCAUUUAGGGUCAAUGAACUUAGACCAUGUUGGGGGAAUCAACAUCAAAAUCUUAACCUAAGGUUAAGUUUUUGAAAUGUCAUCAUAACUUAGAAAAUAUAUGGACCUAGUUCAUGAAACUUAUACAUAAGGUUAAUCAAGUAUCACUGAACAUCCUGCAUGAGUUUCACGUCACAUGACCAAGGUCAAAGGUCAUUUAGGGUCAAUGAACUUUGGCCGAAUUGGGGGUAUCUGUUGAAUUACCAUCAUAACUUUGAAAGUUUAUGGAUCUGAUUCAUGAAACUUGGACAUAAUAGUAAUCAAGUAUUACUGAACAUCCUGUGCAAGUUUCAGGUCACAUGAUCAAGGUCAAAGGUCAUUUAGGGUCAAUGAACUUUGGCCAAAUUGGGGUAUUUGUUGAAUUACAGCCAUAAAUUUGAAAGUGUGUUGGUCUAGUUCAUAAAACUUGGACAUAAUAGUAAUCAAGUAUCACUGAACAUCCUGUGCUAGUUUCAGGUCACAUGAUCAAGGUCAAAGGUCAUGUAAGGUCAAAGAACUUUGGCCACGUUGGGGGUAUUUGUUGAAUUGCCAUCAUAUCUCUAUAAGUGUAUUGGUCUAGUUCAUAAAACGUGGAAAUAAGAGUAACCAAGUAUCACUGAACAUCUUGUGCGAGUUAUAGUAGUUUUCAAAAUCAGCACUGCUGCUAUAUUGAAUCGCGUGAUGCAGGUGAGACGGCCAGAGGCAUUCCACUUGUGUUAUUUUGAAUUUCCUCCUAAUUUUCUGGAACUGUUGACUUGAUGCAUAUUAUUUUUUUUUCUUUUAUUCAGAAUUUUACUCCACACUCUUCUUUGUGUCUUCCUUUUUUCUAUUCAUCCUAGCUUUUUCCUUCCCCCCAGUUCCUCCUCCCCCCGACUUUCCCCCUUAUUUUCUUCUUUUAUCAAAAAUUAAAAAAAUAUUUUUUCUUCUUUUGGUACAUUGUAUAAUGAUUGAGAGUUAUCUGUCAACUUUUGAAUGUGUUCAGAAACACUGCUCAAAUGGAAGACAUAUGUCAUUGUCUUCAGUUUGAUGACGUGUUCCUGUGCAAAGCACUUUAAUGGGGAAUCCCCAAAUAUAUUUACAAUAUCUUAUAGUUCCUUUGUAUUUACAUCAGCAUUUUAUGUAUAUGUCUCCUUGUAUUCUAGGUGAAGUUGUACACUGAGAAGCGUUCGGACCUGGAGGAGCAACAGCUCCAUCUCAACGUUGGUCUCCAGAAGAUCAAGGAGACAGUGGAACAGGUGGAAGAGCUCCAGAAGAGCCUUGCACUCAAGAGCCAGGAGCUGGAGGCCAAGAAUGCUGCUGCUAAUGCCAAACUCAAACAGAUGGUGAAAGAUCAACAAGAAGCUGAGCAGAAGAAGGUUACCAGUCAAGAGAUUCAGCACACUUUAGCUGAACAGACCAAACACAUUGCAGAGAAACGCAAAGAUGUCAUGUCAGACCUCUCAAAGGUAGAACCAGCUGUCAAAGAUGCACAACAAGCUGUGAAGGGUAUCAAGAAGCAGAACCUGGUUGAGAUCCGAUCCAUGGGUAACCCUCCUCAGAUGGUACGGUUGGCCUUGGAGUCCAUCUGUAUCCUCCUUGGUGAAUCCGCUGCUGACUGGAAGACCAUCAGACAGGUCGUCAUCAAGGAUAACUUCAUCAGCACCAUCGUCAACUUCUCAACCGAUGACAUCUCUGAUGACAUCCGAGGCAAGAUGCAGAAGUAUCUGAGUAAUGCCGACUACAACUUUGAGAAGAUCAACAGGGCUAGUGUGGCUUGUGGUCCAUUGGUCAAGUGGGCUAUUGCUCAGAUUAAUUUCUCUGAGAUGUUGAAGCGAGUGGAGCCUCUUCGGAAUGAGCUUGAACGCCUUGAGGUUGAAGCCAACGGUAACAAGAUGAAGCAAGAGGAAGUCAACAAGUUGAUUAGUCAUCUAGAACGUUCCAUUGCUCAUUACAAGGAAGAGUAUGCUCAACUUAUCAGCCAGGCUCAAGCAAUCAAGACAGACCUGGAGAACGUACAGAUCAAGGUAAUCAUCAACUGCAUUUUUGUCUCACCUGCAUAGCAGAGUGAGACUAUAGGCGCCGCUUUUCCGACGGCGGCGGCAGCGUCAACACCAAAUCUUAACCGAAGGUUAAGUUUUUGAAAUGACAACAUAACUUUAUUUAGUUCAUGAAACUUGGCCAUAAGGUUAAUCAAGUAUUACUGAACAUCCUGUCUGAGUUUCAUGUCACAUGACCAAGGUCAAAGGUCAUUUAGGGUCAAUGAACUUAGACCAUGUUGGGGAAUCAACAUCAAAAUCUUAACCUAAGGUUAAGUUUUUGUAAUGUCAUCAUAACUUAGAAAAUAUAUGGACCUUGUUCAUGAAACUUGGACAUAAGGUUAAACAAGUAUCACUGAACAUCCUGCACGAGUUUCAGGUCACAUGACCAAGGUCAAAGGUCAUUUAGGGUCAAUGAACUUUGGCCGAAUUGGGGGUAUCUGUUGAAUUACCAUCAUAACUUUGAAAGUUUAUGGAUCUGAUUCAUGAAACUUGGACAUAAUAGUAAACAAGUAUCACUGAACAUCCUGCAGGACAGGGACCUGGGAAGCGGGGGUGCUGGGGGUGCUGAAGCACCCCCAGAAAUUUUCCUGGGGGUGCUGCGUGUAUUAUUUUCCAUAGGCAGCACCCCCACGAAAUCAGGUUCCCUUUGUAUUUUUUUUAUAUAUGUUAUAAUGUACAUAAUUAUCACAUCCGACAAUCGCAAAUCAUUUACAUAGUCUUUCACAUAUUCCAAUAACAUCCCUCCUAUAACGCGACUCAAUCAAGCUCCGGCACACCGAUACAGACGUGGUCGCGCGCGAUUCGUGAUAGCCAUAGUUUACACACUACCAUGACUACUCGAUAGCAGGGAGGGACAUGGCUGUGGUCGGACUUGAAACUUAUGUCGAAUCAAGUGUGCGCGCGCCCGUGUUUUGUAAAAAACAAUUACAAGUCAGACAAUAGAAAUCAAAUUUCACAGUCUUUUUCGCCCUGCCCCAUGGCCCUUGGAAGCGGGGGUGCUGGAGGUGAAGCACCCCAAAAUUUGGGGAUGCUGCAUGUGUUAUUUUCCAUAGGCAGCACCUGGAAAUCUAGUGGUAGUUGAUGAAUGACAGAAAUGUAAUGAAAAUAAAUGACGUUUUGUAGACCCCCCUUCAGAAUUUUCCGACACGGUACUUAUAAAAUAGUGUUUAAAUUCACCCUUUUUCAGAUCGGAAUAUCAAAUAUUUUCUGCUCGCGCUUCGCGCUCGCAUUAUUCAUUUUUUAAAUAAAAAAAUGUAUUUACAAUGCCCAGAUACUAGGGCUAACUCUGAACACGCGCACGAAUGUUUAUUCAGAUACGCACCUUGUUUUGCUGGGGCUACUCCGGGCUGAAAAUAUUUAUAUCAAAUACAAUUUUAUGAAAAUCUGAUAACAAAUAGUUAAGUUAUUUAAUUCUAAAGUUUAGCAAUAGUUUAUGAAAAUGGUGAUAUGCAUGUCGUCAUGAAUGUUUAAUAGGGGGGUUGACAUGUGCGGAAAUCUGUCCCCAAAGGUAGGGGAACCAGGGCCUAGAAAAUUUG